ACAUCAAUUACAAGCUCAUGAAGAAAAAAGUGAAACAAUAUGCUUGCCAAGUUGAAACCGGAGGCUAUGAACGUAGAUAUGUUCUCAAAGACUUCUCAAGAAUGCUCGAUAAUCAAAUUGAAAAAAUUGUUCUUUUUCUAUUGGAGCAACAAGGGAUUCUUGGUGGCAGGAUAGCCAAGCUUGGAGAACAACAAGAAAUGCUUCAAACCGAGCUUGAUCUACCGAGAAUAGCUUCUUUACAAGAAGCCUAUAGAGACAUUGGAAGAGAUCUACUAAAGCUUCUAUUUUUUGUUGAGAUAAACGCAAUCGGACUUCGAAAGAUACUUAAAAAGUUUGAUAAACGUUUAGGAUACAGGUUUACCGAUUAUUAUGUUAAGACGCGUGCAAAUCAUCCUUAUUCUCAGCUUCAACAAGUCUUCCAGCAUGUGGGUUUAGGGGCGGUUGUGGGAGCCAUAUCUCGAAAUCUAGCGGAACUUGAUGAUUUUCAAGGGAGUUACCUGUCGAUUUAUGAUCAACCGGCUCGUCCUUUUCAGGAUCCUGUGAUCGACUCCAUAAAAGCGGCGGUAGACAGAUUAUCUCACUCAACAAACUUCCUCACUUAUUUGGGGCAACAUGCUCUUAUCAUACACGAAGAAUUACCAACGCCUAACGUAGAACUUGUUGAUGAUCAAAGAUACCAUUUCGUGUCACUUUUGUUAAACUUGGUGAACACAUUCCUUUACAUGGUGAAUACAUAUAUUAUUGUCCCAACAGCAGAUGAUUACUCCGCGAGUCUAGGAGCUGCACCAACUGUUUGUGGGAUUGUUAUUGGUGCAAUGGCUGUUGCGCAGAUAUUUUCUUCGGUUUAUUUUAGUGCUUGGUCUAAUAAAUCGUACUUCAAACCGUUGAUCUUUAGCAGCAUUGUUCUUUUUGUGGGCAAUGUAAUGUAUGCAUUGGCUUAUGAUUUUGACUCGAUAACCGUGCUUUUACUCGGCCGCCUGUUUUGCGGUCUUGGAUCUGCUAGAGCGGUGAACCGGCGAUAUAUAAGUGAUUGUGUACCUCUCAACAUCCGAAUGCAAGCCUCCGCCGGUUUUGUUAGUGCUAGUGCUCUUGGAAUGGCUUGUGGCCCUGCAAUUGCUGGAUUAUUACAAGUUAAAUUCAAGGUUUACACGAUCACUAUUAACCAAAACACGUCGCCUGGUUGGGUUAUGGCUGUCGCAUGGGUGUUUUAUUUGAUAUGGCUCUCGGUUUCAUUUAAAGAACCCGGUCAUCUCUCUCAAGGAGUUGUUAAUGUGCCUGAAUGUAGCACAAGUCUAGGAGAGAGUGAUGCGCUUGAAAACGGUGCAACACAACCGUUACUUGUAAGUUCACAAGCGCACAAAGAUGAUGUAGCCGAAGAUCAAGAAUGUGACAUGAGUGAAGUGCCUUCAGAAGACUCACAUGCACCGAUUAAUUCCAUAGGUGCAGCAUAUAAGUUACUCACACCUUCUGUAAAGGUUCAGUUGUUUAUAUAUUUCAUGCUCAAGUAUGCAACAGAGAUCUUGUUGGCAGAAUCGAGUGUCAUCACUUCAUACUACUUCCACUGGACUACAAGUCAAGUUUCAAUAUUUCUUGUAUGCCUUGGCCUAACUGUUCUUCCGGUGAACAUGAUUGUUGGAAGCAAUAUCAGCAACAAGUUUGAAGACAGACAAAUUUUACUAGCAUCAGAAAUCAUGGUUUGUUUGGGAAUUGCAGCAAGUUUUCACAUUAUAGUGCCUUAUACCGUGAUUCAAUAUGUCGUAUCAGGACUUGUUAUGUUUGUUUCUGCUGAAGUUUUAGAAGGUGUGAACUUGUCACUUUUAUCGCGUGUAAUGUCAUCGCGACUAUCUCGUGGGACUUUUAACGGUGGACUACUGUCAACUGAAGCCGGGACUAUAGCAAGAGUGAUUGCAGAUGCUACUAUUACAUUAGGAGGGUCUGUGGGUGAGAGUAGACUCUUGAAUGUUACUUUACUACCAUCAUUAUUGAUCUGCAUAUUGGCGAUUAUUGCCACGGGUUUGACCUACAAUUCUCAAUACUAAAUCGCGAUGUUUGGCAACUUAGGCUGAGUUAAUGUCUUGAGUCUGAAUUAUACGUUCCAGGCUCAUGUGGAGGUUGGGGGGGGGG